CUAUUAUUAGCUUGCUCACAAGAUUCAUUGUUUUUUGGAUCAAACAUAACUGGAACAUUCUUGGAAGUGUUUGUCCUUCUGAAGAUGAGUGGAGAAGAAAACAAGAUAGUAAAACCAAAGACUGAUAGUGAACUCUUUCUGAAUAACGCUAACCAGUGCGAUUGGAAAAAUUUGAAAAAUGACUCGUGUGCAGGUGCAUAUGCAGCUUCAAGAGCUGAUAUGACAUUAGCUACUACUGACCCUCUUUCCGAAUUAGUUUGGUCUUCAGAUAAAGGUUUAAGUCUUAAAUGUGCCGAUUCAAGCUUUGCUGAUAAAAAUAGUUCUCCUUUUCUCGAUGUUGGACCUAGCUGCUAUAAUCAAUAUCAGGUUGAUCAAAGGCCAACGGAUGAUUUAUUACUUCAAUUAGAUGAACCUAAACCUAUUAUGGAGCAAAAUUCUCCAUCGAGGAGACCUUCCAAUGAAGGCGUAAAUUAUGGUACUAGUACUGCAGUUGAGCCUAUAACUGAAUACAAAGGCUUUGGUGCUGCAGGAACUAAUUUAACAUCCUCCAGCAGGAAUCCUAUAUAAAAACUGGAAUCUAGUGCCGAGAAUGAUUUAAGAAAUGUUGAUGCUGAACCUGCUUGUGCUGCGACAUGGGUAGGUAUUGUUAGUGAGACUAAAAACAAAUAUGAGGACAAUGAAUUGACACUGCCUUGCGAUAAGGUUCUUCCUGUUUUGCAUUCUCCAUGUAACAGCGAAAUCCGCAUCGCAAAAAACAAAGGCAAGGAAAAGUCCUUAUCAGACGGGGAUGCAAAUGUAAGAUUAUCCAUGGAUAAUGACAGCAAUUCAAGUGUUGAAAGCUGUAACAGUGCUAGGUUUUUUUCCACAGGUAAGAAGCGGAAUAACUUUCAACAACAGUUGGUAAUUGGGAGUAAAAGAGUCAAAAUCGACAAUGAAGAAACUUCUGGUUCCAAAUCGUACAUUAAACAAGAAAGCUCAUUUAGAAACUGGAUUUCAAGCAUGGUGAAAGGGCUCUCACAAUCAACUCAAGAUGAUUCGAACACUUUAGCUGUUAGCCUUGCAAAUCCAAAUCUUCAUAAUGCAUGGUUUGACGAGAAAGUAUCACAUGCAAAACGAAUCAAAAUCCUGAGCCGAAAAAUACAGGAUUCAAAUCCAUUUUUCAGUCCAUGUAUUGUCCAAGUUUGAAGAAUAUAGGAACAAGAAUGUUUCAUCAAGGAGAAGGUGACGAGGAUUUAGAGCCAAGUAAUAACACGGUACAUGGAAUAAAUGCUACUCCAAUAACUUGUUUUCUAGAGAGCAAUUUCCUUGACAAACGGCAUUUUCAAUCAAAUAAGUUUGAGCCUAAUAUCGAACCUUUAAAUUUUUAUAACAGUCAGGAAAUAAUCAAAAUUAACCCAGCAGAGAAUGAAAAUUGUUCAAACUUGUGCCUUAGUAAGGAUAAGGAAGAAAUGGUAUCAAAUUCAUCUUCAAUCACAUAAAAUACAAAUAAUACUGAUAAUGUAGAUUCCAACGCACCAUCCGAGAGAAAGGAAGCAGAGAAUAUCUGUCACCGGAAAGACAAUCUAGGGAGUCUAUGGAUAACUCGAUUUGCUCCAAAAUCCAGUGGUUUUGAGGAAGAUGAGAGAAGUAACAGCCAAAAGUUGAAGUAUAUGUUCAACGACCUUUCAUCAUCUUCGCGAGGAUUCACAACCUCGGAGCAAAUGGCUUCGACGUUUGCAAGGAGAUUUGUUGGCCCCAAACAUAUCAUGCCAAAAGACAAACCAGAAUGUACCUCACAAGUAAAUCUGUUUUGUUUGUUUUGUGGAAAAAGAGGUCACCAACUCAGUGAUUGCUCAGCAGUUGCAGAAAGUGAGCUAGAAGAUCUUCAGGAGAAUGUAAAUUCAUAUGAAGGUCCGGAAAAUUUUCCUUUGAUGUGCAUUAAAUGUUUUCAGCUCAACCACUGGGCAGUUUCAUGUUCCAGUUCAAUCUCAAAAAGGAAA